UCACAUCUGAAACAGAAACGCAAUUACUGAUCCAAAGGAAGGAAAAAAGAAAAAGAAAAAACUAUUUUUCUACUGCCUUCUAGACUCACUCCUCUCUCUCCCCCUCAUCAAAGCACCAACUCUUGUCAUCAAUAAAUUUUACUAUCAAAGUACAAAUCUUCUUGAUUUGAUCUCUUAUAUGAUCAAACGGCUUAGAGAAAGAUAAAAACGCAACAUCUCAUAGUUUUGAACCGAACUCCAAUAACUUUUAUGUGAGGUACUUCUUUUGAUUUGAAAAAGGGGUCGCCUUUUUUAUUUUUGUAAAGAAUUUAUGAUUAGUUACAUGAUCAGAUUUUCAUGUAAGUAUUCUGCAUUAAUCUUAAAAAUCGGACAAAAGAAAAAGAAGAGAGCAUUAGCCUAACAUGCCAAGCAAGCUAAAGAAGGCAAUAGGUGCAGUGAAAGACCAAACUAGCAUUAGCCUUGCCAAAGUUUCCAACAACGCUUCCUCAACCCUCGAAGUGGCUGUCCUAAAAGCCACCACACACGACGAUGUCCCUGUCGAUGAGCGUUACAUUCACGAGGUUGUCCAAUUAGUCUCUUCCAACAAGGCCUACGCGGCUGCCUGUGCACGUGCCAUUGGCAAACGCAUUGGUCGUACUAGGAAUUGGAUCGUCGCCCUCAAAUCAUUAAUGCUUGUCCUUAGAAUCUUCCAAGAUGGUGAUCCUUAUUUCCCUCGAGAAGUCCUUCAUUCAAUGAAACGUGGGGCCAAAAUUCUCAACCUUUCCAAUUUUCGCGAUGAUUCAAAUUCUAGCCCUUGGGAUUUCACUGCUUUUAUUAGAACGUUUGCACUAUAUCUUGACGAGCGCUUGGAUUGUUUCCUCACCGGAAAACUCCAAAGGCGGUGCAAUUAUAAGGACCGGGAGACUUCCAACUAUUCACGGAGUAGCAGUGAUUGUAGCAGGAGUAGGAGGAGCAGGAGCAGGACUAAUGAGGCGAUACGUGAAAUGAAACCACCAAUGCUACUUGACAAGAUUUCGUAUUGGCAAAGAUUGCUCGAAAGGGCAAUUGCUACAAGGCCAACAGGUGAGGCCAAGACCAAUUCUCUAGUGCAAAAUGCUCUGUACGCCGUGGUACAAGAAAGUUUUGAUCUUUACAAGGAUAUUUCUGAUGGCCUUGCACUUGUUCUUGAUAGUUUCUUUCAUUUACCAUAUCAAACAUGUGUAAAUGCCUUUCAAACUUGUGUUAAAGCCGCGAAGCAAUUUGAGGAGAUCAACACAUUUUAUUCGUUCUGUAAAAGCAUAGCUGUUGGCAGGACAUCAGAAUAUCCAAGCGUGCAAACAAUAACUGAGGAGUUAAUUGAGUCAUUACAAGAAUUUCUUAAGGACCAAUCUUCAUUUCCAGUAAAAUCUUCAGGAGAUUUGGUUCUUCAAGGGCCAGGCUCAAUGAAGUCAUCAAGAAGUAGGUUUGAUAGUUAUGGCGGACAAUCUGAACUCUCUUAUGCAACGACUGAGCCAUAUUCGGAAAGGAGUGAAACUCCUUCUGGGAACGGUUCGCCUUGUAGUUCACUAGAAGAUCUCAUAAGAGCCACUGUCACUGGGCGGAGUCCCUCCAUUUCAAUUGAUUUGGAGGCCUACUCGGAUAUUCAGUUUAAGAAGCAAUUUAAUGAAGAUGUGUGUGAUACAGGUUCUGCAAGGUCAUUGCCAGUGUCCAUGAUUGAUCUUGUUUCAUUAUCAGAAGAUAAUGGAAAUGAUGACAACGAAGAAGUACAAGAUCAGAAGCAACGACAACCUGUUGCAGAGAAAGUGAAAGAAGCUAACUAUAAAGAAGCUAAACAUGAACAGAACAAGGACAAAACAAAGCUAUUAUCAGAUUCAAGUUCAGUGAAAGGAUGGGAAGCUGUACUAAAUGAGGCAUUAAUGCCAUCUUCGCCAUCUUUUAACGCCUUUCCAGAAAAACAAGAACCAAAAGAAGUGUCAAGAAAUGGAACGAAUGAGUUGCCUGUUAAGGCUUCUUCAAGCAAUGGUUGGGAUUUGGCACUAUUUGAAGCAACCCCACAAACAAAAUCAGUACAACCCAUGCCUAAUAGUGCUGCUAACAACACUUCCACAUCGCGAUUGCCAUUGCCAUCUUUCAAUGCCUUCCAAGAAAGGCAAGAACCAGAACAAGUAUCAAGAAAUGGAGCAAGUAGUGUUUUGGAUAUGGUAUUAUUUGAAGCAACCCCACAAACAAAAGCACCAUUUUCCAUGCCUGCUACCUCUAACAAUGGUAACAGCUUCAACUUUUCUUUUUUGGACGAAUUGUAUAAUCAAAAUACAUCGUCGUAUUUCCCAAGUAGUGGCCUAAAUUCACAAUCAAUUACUUCAUCCACCACCUUGCCAGCUUCUAAUUACAACCCGUUUUUACAAGACACGUCGAUGGAGCAGCCUGCAACCCCAAAUAUGGAUACUAACACAGCUGCAGGCAUGUUUUUAUCAGCGCCUGUGCCUACAUUUCAAGCAACACCAGCUUUUAGGGGUCAAAAUUCUUCAUCACCAGUGCAUAGUGAUUUGCAUUCCGAUCCUUUUGGGUCGUUUCCGAGUAGUGAUCAGAUGUUAAAUGGCACAAUGAGUCAGACAGAUUUUUCGCAUGAACAACAGUUAUGGUUACAGAACCAAAACAAGAUCAUAGCUAAGCAUUCGUCUUAAUUUUUGUUUCUUUAAACUUAGAUGCCAAUUUUGAUCUUAGGGUUACCCUUUUGCUUUUAGUCUUCUUUUGAUCUUGCACUUUCACUAUGCCAUUGUUCAAUCCGCUUUCGUCAUGUUUCUGAGUUUGAAUUAGAAUAAUAAAUUUGCAUGGCAGAAAGUCAAAAAUCUGAAACUACUUUCCGGAGAGGGAAGAUACAAACAUUCAAAAACAUUUUUAAUAACAGUUGUUGAAGAUUGUGACUAUGUCAUCUAAGAGCUUGAAUUAUUAGAAAUAACGUGUCUUUAUUUACUUAAUUAUGGCUUUAACAGACUUGAUCUGAAUCAUAGUUCAGAUUCAAAGUUUUCUCCGGUGAGAGUUACCUCAAAAGCUAAGUGACCGAAAACAUAUUCUACUGAGCACAAUUAGACAUUAGUGCUCUCUCCAUUAUAUGCAUCUGCCUUAACCUUUUUUUUAAUACCAAACAUUCUCUUCUGGAAUAAAAUUCCUAGUACUG